ACCGCGCUGCUCGUAUGGCGGACUCUCCCCUUAACCACUCCUGGCCCUCCUUCUCCAGGUUUUGGAUGAAGCGAUGGUCUUUCAAGAGAGCAUCAGACUGCAGCCCAUGUGGUCGGCCCUGUGGGCCAAGCGGGAUCCAGCUCACUGUGGCAGGAACAGAGUCCUCCUCCUCUCCUGAUUCCAUCACUGAGGAUAGCUUCUUUGAACGGACCAGCGUCAACCAGGGAUCAUGUUCACUAUCAGUCAUCAGUGACUACGACUAUCCUGAUGUGGAGGUGAGCAGCAGUGCAGAGGACCUGUCGAGUUUCAGCCCAUCUCUCCAAGACUCUGAGUACUUUAAAGACCUGAUAGGAGGAGUUCGGGCUCCACAGACCACAGUGUCUACAGUCCAACAGAGUGGAACCCUCACGGUUGACCUGCAGUUAUCCCUUAAUACGGACAGUACCACCAUCAUCCAACCACUGCACACUGUCCUAACCUCAUCACGCCCCUCCCUGAAAGAACCUCAUUCCAGCUUUGUAGCCACUCAGUUUAAUCCUCAAUUAUUACAAGACUCCUCACAACCUAAACUAGAGCUCAGUGUGACAAAAAACCUGAAUGGACUAUUCGGAUCCAUGGAAUCAGGAGAAGGGAUAAAUACAGGACCACAAGACGGAAAGAGGGAUUCCACCAUGGAUCUGGAUGGAGAACCAGACUUGGACAGUUUUCCAAUUCUGGUCAGAUCCAUGUCAACCUCUCGGAGGCACAGCUGGGGAGUUCCUGUGUCCCCAGUGAACCUGGGGAGGAGGCUAAGUCUCGACACCACAGCUGUGGACAGUGAUGACGAUAGAGAGGACGAAGACAAAAGACAGAAUGAUGCCUUCAGGUCAAGCCAUCAGCAGACAUGCUGUUAUCAUCCAUCAUGUCCUGGUGGGAACCAGGAGGAGGAUCCACAUGGAACUGGGCGGACUGUGUCCCGUCCCAACUCAAAGGAUGCUGGAGAUCCUGGCAGACUUGUGCACUCCCGCUCAGACAUCUUCACGCCAUCAUUCAGCUCAGAUCAGCAUGCACAUGCUGCACUUUUUUCUCGUGAUGACCAGAUGCUCAAGCAGACUGUGCGGACCGCAGGAGAGCAGCUGGAUCCAGAAGACAACCUGCAUUCCACUGACAGACAGGGCUGCGUAGCGAGGCAGAGGAACAACAGAGAAGACGACAAAGAAUCAGGAAACGUCACCUGGUAUGAGUUCCUGUCCAAUGAGCACGAAGAAGAGGAGGAUCGUACAGAGAAAGUGGAGAAAGGCACCAAAGUGAAGAGAACUCUGAGCUCCCUGAGGAACAGAAUGACAGGCUCCUUCAACAAGGAUAAGGGUAAGAACCGAGAAAAGGAGCAGCACAAAGAAAAGGGAAAGGAGAAGGAGAGGGAGGUCAAAGAGAAAGAUAAAGUGUGCGGCAGCAGCGGGCAUCAACUGGUGCCGGGCUCUUUCUCCAGCUGUGCCACCUGCUCGCUGUGCGGCAAGGCGCUGCAGAAAAAGCAUGGCCUGCAGUGCAUGAAUUGUGCUGUGAACGUUCACAAAAACUGCAAGACUCUGUUGGGUGAAUGCACCAGCAGCAAGUAUAAGAAAGGUAGUUUGCCACAGACAACUUCUUCAGGAGCUCCUAACCUCUCACUAAAAGACUGGGACAGAGAGAGAGAGUAUUCGGGCCCAGUGUCACAGAGUGUGGAUGGCUUGUUGGGUUUUCCCAGUGUCCCAGGCAUGACCAUUGCUCUGUGGGGUCAUAGCACUCAGCUGCCUGUCACUCCCUGCACCACCAGCUAUAGCCUUCAUCACCACAACAGCUCAGCAUCCCUCCCUGGGGAGAUGGACGAGACUGAUGCAUUACGUGUCAAACGUUGCAAUGAAGACAUCAUUUCUCUUGCUCCCUCCACUACUGAAUCAGUCAUCGUAGAAGAUGCUCACUAUGCGGCGGUGCGGGCUGAUCUGGAAUCUGAUGCCCAGGACCUGGAAGCAGAGUCUUGGAGUUUGGCAGUUGACCAACAGUAUGUUAAGAAGCACUCUAAAGAAACUGUGAAGAGACAGGAUGUUAUAUAUGAGUUGAUGCAGACGGAGAUGAACCAUGUGCGGACCCUGAAGAUAAUGCAGCAUGUUUAUAUCCGGGAGUUGAAGGAAAACCUCCAGAUGGAUGGAGGCUGCCUGGACUGUCUGUUCCCUCGCUUGGAAAACCUUCUGGAGCUUCACACACAUUUUCUGUCACGUCUUAAAGAAAGGAGACGAGAAAACCUUGUCUCAUCCAGUGAUGGGAACUACACUAUCAUUACAGUGGCAGAUAUACUGAUUGCACAGUUCUCAGGUGAAAUGGGGAAGAAAAUGACAGAAAGCUACGGAGACUUCUGCAGUCACCACACUGAGGCUGUCAGCUACUAUAAAGAGCAGCUUCAAAACAACAGAAGGUUCCAAAACGUCGUACGGAAAAUUAACAACCUGUCCAUUGUACGGAGGUUAGGAGUGACUGAAUGUAUUCUAUUGGUAACACAGCGUAUCACCAAGUAUCCAGUGCUAGUGGAGCGCAUUCUGCACAACACUGAAGUGGGCACAAAGGAACAUGAGGAGCUGAAUCGAGCACUGGGUCUGAUUAAAGAAACCAUCGUUCAGGUGGACACAUUGGUCAGUCUUCACGAGAAGACCUCGAGACUCAGAGAUAUUCACAAUAAGAUGGAGCCAAAGGCACAGGGGAAAAUCAAAGAUGGCAGAGUGUUUCGCAGAGAGGACCUCGUGCAAGGCAGGAGACUGCUCCUGCAUGAGGGCACAGUCAACUGGAAAGCAGCUUCUGGCCGACUUAAGGAUAUUCUUGCAGUGCUCCUCACAGAUGUGUUACUUCUGCUGCAAGACAAAGACCAAAGAUAUAUAUUUGCUGCGGUGGACAACAAGCCAUCAGUGAUCUCUCUCCAGAAGCUGAUUGUAAGGGAAGUUGCUCACGAGGAAAAAGCAAUGUUUCUCAUCUGUGCUUCCGCCAAUGAGCCGGAGAUGUAUGAGAUCCACACCACCUCCAAGGAAGACCGCAACACGUGGAUGACAAACAUACGGCAAGCUGUUGAGAGUUGUCCUCAUACAGAAGAGAGGCUCUUCUGUGAGGAAGAAGCAGCAAGAGCUUCUCGGCUCAAAGAAUUUCAAGAACAAUUAAGGCAGAAAGACGCAAUAAUAGCCCAGGCUCUUGCUGAAAAGUUGCAGCUGUUUGUGGAUGUGGCCGAGUCUGCAGCAGGUCUGGAGGACACGCCUUCACGCUCUAGACUGCUACUCCGGGGAGAUUCCUCUGACCUCCAGCAGGGGGAGGCUUUGCUCAAAGGAGCCAUCACUGAAGUGGAAAACCUCCAGAACCUUCUGCAGUCCAGAGCUAAGGAGGUGGCCCCUACCUUACGUGUGGCAGAAGGGAACAGCUCUGGGGUUCUCCCCAGGCGAGCAGACACAUUUGGUGGCUUUGACAGAAACCCCACCAUCCUCAGUAAGGGUGGAAGCAUGAAGAAGAACUUUUCCAGCGAGUACAGGAACAAAGACAGGAGCCAGAGAGCCAGCUCCGACCCUCAGCUUAAAGACAUCUGUGGCAGCCACAUCCUGAAGCAGACGGUAAGGGAUCAACACCCAGCGCACUGGAACCACAUCUGGUCCAGCUACUUCCCCGAAACUGAGUUUUUUGACAGAGUGCUGAUGCUCUCUCAGAGGCUCUACAGUCUGCAGGCUAUUGUAUCGCAGCAGGACAGUCACAUUGAGCUGCAGCGGGCUUCGCUGACGGAGCGGACUUCCCUGCCUGCCCGCCAGCGGGGUAACGUGCUCCUCGAGCAGGAAAAGCAGCGAACUCUGGCCCUGCAGAGAGAGGAGUUGGCCAGCUUCCACAAGCUUCAGUCUCAGCAUCGUCAGGAGAUGCAGCGCUGGGAGAAGGAGAAGGAGAGGCACCGCCAGCAAGUCGAGGCCACAGAGGACAGGCUCCGCCAGAGGGAGGAGGAGUGCCGGCGGCUGGAGGAACAUCUGGCAGAAGAGAGGGAGGAGCUGGACAGGCAGAGAGAAACAUAUCAACAGGACCUAGAGAGACUGAGGGAGUCUACCAGAGCUGUGGAAAAGGAGAAGGAACGGUUGGAAUACCAAAAGAAAAUCAAAAGGAAAACUAUUGAGGUGGCUCCUCUGUCUGGCAGUCUGAACGGCGAUCUCCUGAUGUCCUCUGGCGUAGUCGGCCUCACCAGCGCCUCAGAAGUGCCGCUGCCUCAGAAACCUCUAGUACGUGCCAGCCUGUCAGUCGCCUCAGCAGAUUAUCCGGAGCGUCCUGAAGUGGCAUUCCGGCGGGAGACGGGCACAAGCUCCCUGAAGACAGAGGUGCCGUUGCAUCUUUUCAGUACCACCAACCAACAGCACAAAGCUGCUGGGGUGCAGCAACAGAUCCCCACCAAGCUAGCUGCUCUUAGCAGAGGCAAGGACAAGAUGGGCAAGAGCGGCAAAGUAUCGCACCGCACGGACAGCACCGCCUCAGUGGAUAUGAAGCAGAUGUUGCCACCAAAGCUGUCCGCCAGAGAUGACAACACCCUGAAGGCCAGACGCUCCAUCAGCCCUCAUCAGCAGCUCCCUCCUCCCCCUCAGCCCCACCCCUUCCAGCACCAUGCAGAUCCAGUCAGUCCUCCAGACGGUGCCGGAGUAGACAGUCAAGCCACCGCGUCCCUCAGCACCUGCCAUCCUCCUAAUAUGCAGAAGCCUCACACCCUCAGCCCUCUUCACUUGCAGGGCGUAAAUUUGAACUCUCCAGCCAAUCCACCGAUAAAUGCUCAGGGUUUGAGUCACAGCGUACCGCUGCCACCGCCCUACAAGCUCCCCGCAGAAGACCUCAACAAGGAGGAUGUCAUCUUUUUCUAACCUCCAGUCUGCUGCUCUCAUGUCAGGUUUGAUGGCUUUAGCAGGCUUGGUUGAUUCAGAGGAGGUAUUUGUGAUAACGCCAGGUCGGGUGCUUGCGGAUGCAUCGUUAAACCACGCUGCCCCUGAACUCAUCACUCUUUAAUGGUGCAGAUGUGUAAGAGUUGAUCAGGUCAUUUAAAUACCUGCACAAAUUUCGAGCAGCUGUUUGUUAACACGGGGAGCAGAACCUUUAUCAGAUCUGCUUGUUGUCUUUUUAUUUAAAUUUUAGUUUUGAAUGCAAGGCUGUGCUGACAUGUAAAAUCAGGAUUUCUUGCACUGUGUAGGAAACGUUUAAAUGAAGUCAGAUGUUUCCAGGAGCAAAAAAAAAAAACAAAAAAAAAACUUUGUUUUUGGAGUCCAGAGACCCCAGAAAAAUGGACCUCAGUGAGACACAGAAAAGAGGAAAGUUAAGUUGAUGGUACCCUGACCUGAUCCUUGUGGUUCUGCCUGACCUGGAACCACAUGAAACAGUGAAGCAGGACCUCAGAAUCCGCAGCUCUUAACACAUGAACACACUCUGCUUACAUUUUCACAAAAUGUUUCUUUUGCGCUGUGUAAAUACUUAAUUACAGACUGAAAAAGGCUGAACUUUGAUGAACUCUGUGUAUGUGUUGUACAGUUGUCAAUAUUGUGAAGGCUUCUUUUUUUUUUCUUCAUGUUCUAAACCACACUUAUUACAGCGGGCUAAAGUCGUUGCUUCUUGUUAUCAAAUCUGGUCUGAUUUAGUUUCACACGAUUUUAUUUUGUUUUUGUUUAAAGGGGCACUUCAGGUUUUGUCAAAUUGUAGUGUUUAGUACUUUUCCAGAGUGACAAACAGUCUGUCAAAAGGUUUGUGUCAUUCAGCUGCUUUGGUUCUCUUCCUGUGUUUCCUAGCAACAGUUCUUCAGCGCUGUUGGUUUGAAUAGUUUGUGCUCCUCAGUGGAGUGGUUAAAGGCACAGUCCGCGAAAUGAAACUAAACCAGCCUUGUGCUUUGAUUGUUGGGGUUGCAUAAACCGUGCUGACCUUGCAUGUACCGCAAACCAGAAUUAUGUGGUUAAAAAAACAAGACUUUAAUUGGUGAAGUAAUGCGGCUAACUUAAUUAAAUCACUCAGAGCUGCUACCUGAUCCUAUAGAAGAUUAAAUAAUUCAGCCAAGUGGAGUUGGAAAAGUUAGUUCACUUUUUUUUUUUAAGCAUUUUGUACAGUUGUCCUCUAUAAUGGUGGUGUUGAGGAUAAAAUGUAUUUUAUUGCUUAGUUUUGUGACCUGCGUUUAGAAAAUGUAACAAUCUGCUCAUGGAAACUGAACCGUGUGUUCCCUUCAGACACUUAAUGAAACGUCUCUGAUCGGGUCGUCUUAACGUCUGGUUGUUGUCACCAGGAGCUGUAGCUAGCGUAAUGUUUCAGAUGUGCUGUCUGUGUGACAAUGUCUGUUUUUAAUUAGGUCUUAAAGCUAUGAUGGCGCAUUUUAUUAAUUGCCAUUCUAUGCUGAGUGCCUCACAGCAAAGCGACACAAACAGCAAAGAAACGGCACUUGUCUUUUGCUUGAGUUGUUUUUUGUUGUCGUCUUUGCUUCGUGUGUCUGAGCAGAAUCGUCUAAAUGAUGAGGUGGAAGAAGAAGCAUUUGUGCGUGACUGUGUGAGGAAGUGUCAGGAGAGCAUUUUUGUUCUCUUUGGCUCGUCUCUGGUUGUUAAUGAGCUGCUGUGAGUUUGAGCUGGUUCAUACGUGCUUUCGUACCGUACGUGUGUUUAUGCAAAUGUUUGUAUCAGCAACAGACAUAUUUACCGCAAAGGUACGAAAGUCACACACCUGUGUGCAACUGUGUAAUAUCUAUGUUACGCGCACACACACACACACACACACACACACAUACACACGUGUGACCAUGUUUGUCCUUAAUACUGAAGCAGCAGUCAGUUGUAACGAUGAAGUUGUCAUCUUUCUGGUUCAUCGGUAGUCGCUGAGUGAGGUUUCAGUAAGAUGACUUAGCAAAACUAAAUCCUCUGUUUGAUUCUGUUAAACCAAAGACUCACUCGUGUUCUCAUAUGAUGGCAGAAUGGACCCGUGCGGCUUGUGUUUAAUGAGGAAUUGUCCACUGAUGUUCUUACAGCACAUUGUAUUCCAGUUCAUAUCCUGGUUCAGUACUAAAGCUCUGUUAAGGAGGAAUCCACAAAUUUGUUAGCAAAAUUAUUCAAAAGCCAAUGAUUUUAUUGAACCUUUGCUUGCCAUAGUGAAGCACAUGUGCUAGUAAUUUGUGGGUGAAUCUAGGUAAAUGCACAGUUUGACAUUUUUAAGUUAUGACAUCUGAUUGGUUACCACAACAGAUUUUCAUUAAAGGUGUCAUAUUGGGCAAAAUUUGUUUUAUUUACCUUUUUCACUUACAUGUAGGUGGGGUUUCAUGUUUUACACCCACAGAUUGUGUGUUUGUAGAAAUUCUACUGAUGUUAGAAAAAUGUAGGCUUAAAACAACGCAUUUCAGGCGUCUGUGACAUACGUCUAGAUAUGUAACUCUGAGACACGCUCAGUGAACCGGCCAAUGCUCUUUGUGAGGCUUCCACUCUGAGAGAAACGAGGAGGUACCCAGAGUAUGAAGAGAGGAGGCGUGGCUCACCACAGCUCCUUCCCCGCGACUUUUGUGAAACUUGCCAAAUUAAAUUAUGGGAUAGAUUAAAGUAUCAGUCGCAGAGAAAUUAAGGUGAUGAAUUUGAAAAAAAAUUAAAUGAUGUGCUUAGCGGCAGUAUGCACUCCGACACAGUAAAUCCAGAGGGUUAUUUAUUUAAAUGGGGAUAUUACGAUACAUGAACUUUUCUUAUUUCGGAUAUAAAACUGUAGCACCUGAAUGCAUCGUAAAAUCACUGGAAUAUUAACGUGCAUGUAAAUGGUUUAUGGAGAGGAAUGGCAAAACUUUAUGGAGAUGUUUCAUGUGUGUUCAUAUUCCUAAUUUCCAAAUUCCUCCUCUGAUUCUGAAAACCAGACGUCUGGUGUGACAGCACUUUAGUUCUGCUACAGGUGCGAUGCUUGUCUGUGGACAGAAAUGGGAAGGAUGGAUGCUGCCGGUGUUUGGACCCGCUCAAGUCUUUGACGUCUCUUCUUCUGACUGAACUACUUAAAUCUUUUGCAAUGAAAGGCAGUCACGUGUAAAUAAACACUUGCCAUCUUACACUAGUCACUUUGGAUAGCAGCAUACUUGAAGGGGAUACCGAAUGUUUAUAAUGCUUAAUAUUAUUGUUAUUAUUAUUACUGUUAUUGUCUGUAAAGUUUUAUUUUCCAAGAGCUAUCUGCUGUUUGUAGCACACAACAGAAGUGAUUUUUGUACUUUUUAAAUAUUUUAUUCACUGCAAAAUGUUAGAGAAAUAUGUUGACACAAACUGCUGCCUUAGAGAAAUCUGAAGUUUAGUAAUAAAAAGUCUUUAAACAAAA